AUGAAGGAGCUUCGUAAACUACACAGCCUUAGGUUACGCCGUUGCAAAAACCUCAGAUCAUUGCCAGAGCUUCCCAGAAGUCUAGAAGUCUUGAAUGCGCAUGGUUGUGUGUCUCUUGAGUCAUUUCCAUCGAGCUUUGAGAAGUUUCCAAGGCACUACAUAUUCAGUAAUUGCUUUAAACUUUCCCCAGAAGUGGUCAGAGAAUUUAUAAGAAAAGUUCAAUAUAGUUUUGAAGGCAUGACCAAGGAGAAUCAGCUGGAACACAGCAACGCGCCUUCAUUCAGCAUCUGUAUGCCUGCCUCUGCAGGUCGCAAAUCCUCAGUUAGUUAUCAAGCUGGUUCAUCUGUAAUGAUAGAGCUAACUCCUAGCAUGCGAAAGACCAUCUCAGGCUUUGCUUUGUCAGUUGUGGUUGAAUUUUGGGAUAAUUAUUGCAACGCUGCUGGUUUUGGCAUCAAGUGCAUAUGCAGGAAGAGCAGAACAGACCUCUCGCCUACACUAGAGAGAAUUUUCCAUUGUUGGGGUCCAAAGGAAGCUUCCACUGUUCAAAAGGAUCAUAUGUUUGUUUUUGGCUAUGCGAAAAUGCAUCCUGCCGAAGUAAUUGAACAUGAUUUCCUGGCUGAUUUGGUUACAUUUGAAUUCCAUCCUGUCGAUUGGCAGAACAGACUUCUAGAUGAUAGCUGCACGGUGAAAAGAUGUGGAGUCUAUUUAAUUACCGCUGCGACAUGUGAUGGGACUCAUAGCGUAAAACGUCCUUCUUCAAUUGAUCCAGGGGAGGGUUCUAGCGUGGAGCAUAUGGCACCACCAUAUAAGAGAUGUCGAUUGAAGAGAGUUAUUGAAUCUGUUAUUCUGAGCAUAAGAAAAAGGAAGCGAGAAAAGAGUCUCUCUAGAACCACAAACCUUGCUGAGGUUCAGCUUGGAUCAGUUUCUCGCUGGGGAAAUGAUGCCUCUUACAGGGCUUUCUGGGGAUUGCCUCCAGGGAAUGUUUUCCCGCAAAGACCCGGCAAACCCGAAUGCUCAUAUUACAUGAGGACAGGAGAGUGCAAGUAUGGUAAUGUUUGUAAAUUUCAUCAUCCGAUUGACAGAGAAGCCCCUGUUUCACCACUGCUGGAAAAUCAUACGUGCUCGUAUGAUGGCAAUGGAAUCUGCCUCUUGGGUUCUCGUUGUCCUUCCGAUCUGUGGUUGUUUGAGAAGGAGAUACUAGAACUUUUUUCAUCUAAAUCUCCAUUGAUGAGUCAACCAUCAGAUAAGCUUGUGGAAACAUCAACUAAGAAACCCAGAAAACGAUCUGUAUCUGAGUUAAAACAAGCAACUUUUAGUAAAGACGCCAUUGCUACAGAGAAGAAAAAAGAGUAA